CUGCACUCUUCCCAUUCCAAUUCUUGAUCUAAUAUUCACAAAAUGGCUCCCCUCAAGGCCGGUGACCCCUUUCCCAGCGACGUCUCUUUCCAGUAUAUCCCCUGGUCUGAAGACAAGGGUGAGGUCACCGCGUGCGGCAUUCCAAUCAAAUACGAUGCCUCCAAGGAGUGGGCAGACAAGAAAGUCGUUCUGUUCUCGGUUCCUGGCGCGUUCACUCCUACCUGCUCCGUGAACCACCUCCCCGGCUACAUCAAGAACCUUCCCGAGCUGAAGAAAAAGGGCAUCCAGAUCGUUGCGGUGGUAGCGUCCAAUGACCCCUUCGUGAUGAGUGCCUGGGGAAAGGCAAACCAGGUUACCGGUGAUGACAUUUUGUUCCUCUCCGACCCCGACGCGAAAUUCUCCGAUUCCAUUGGAUGGGCCAGCGGUGGUCGAACUGGGCGGUAUGCGAUCAUCAUUGAUCAUGGGAAGGUCACGUAUGCGGAUAUCGAGACUAAGAAGGGUGCCGUUGAGGUCUCCGGUGCGGAUGCGGUGCUGGCUCAUCUGUAAAGGACUGGUGAUAAAGGUGUUUAGCUUGGCCGAAUGAAGAUAUAUUGAGACUGCAAUGCAAUGCCGAGGUUCUGCCUAUUAUCACAUACUGGCUGCGACCAGCAUAAGAGCUGUCUGCUUCGGCUCAGACUUACCCUGUUUUUGAGUGCGAUGAGGAAUGCGUCGUCAAGUCGGGUCUUGAAGGGAGAGAGGUGAUACUUCUGGCUAGCUAGAGUAACAACUACCACAAGCCAGCCGGAGGUAUGCCUGUUUUCUAAUAGAUUUUCACAUACUCUCGAUAAGUGACAGA